AUGAAGAUGCAAAAAGAGAUGAAGCUGACAGAGGCUAUCAUCAAGACAUCAAAAAGACUGGAAGAUGAUGGGAAACAGACUGCUCUAGCACAGGGAAGCGGGGCUCAGAAGGAAAUCCAGCACAAGCCAUCAAGAAAACUUUUCCCAGACUCAGCUCUUUUCCAACAAUGGGGUGAAGGCUUGACUGAAUCUGAACAGAUACAGGCCCAAAACCUCUUCACCCAGUUUGGCUACAAUGUGUACCUGAGUGAUCGACUGCCUCUCAAUCGCUCUAUUAAAGACAUUCGGAGCCCCAGGUGUCUUGAGAAGCAAUAUCCCCACCAACUUCCAACCCUCAGUGUCAUUCUUACAUUCAUGAAUGAAGCCUUCUCAGUUAUACAAAGAGCCAUCACCAGUAUCAUCAAGAAGACCCCUUCUUACUUGCUUAAGGAGCUCAUCCUGGUAGAUGACUUUAGUUCAAAUGAGGAGCUCAAAAGAAAUAUGAAUAAAGAGAUUCAGCUUUACAAAAAGAAGUACCCUGGGCUACUGAAAUUAAUCCGUCAUACCAAGAGGAGAGGGCUUACUCAGACCCGCCUGUCUGGCUAUCAAGCUGCCACAGCAGAUGUGGUUGUCAUCUUGGAUGCUCAUGUGGAAGUGACCACUGGAUGGGCAGAACCCAUCUUAGCUCGCAUCCAAGAAGAUCACACUGUGUUUAUAUCACCAAUAUUGGAUGGAAUUGCUUAUGAUACCUUUGAAUUACGUCAUUAUUCAUUGGCUCCCAUUGGUUUUGACUGGGAACUCUGGUGCCUCUUUGAUUAUAUGCCAAUAGACUGGUCUUUCCUGAAAGAUGACACCGCACCUGUGAAGAGUCCUUCUCUCCUGGGCAUCUUUGCCGCAAACAGGUUGUUCUUGGGAAAGAUUGGGGCCCUGGAUGCUGGGAUGAUGAUCUACGGGGGAGAGAAUGUGGAGCUGGCCUUGAGGGUGUGGCAGUGUGGGGGGAAGAUUGAAGUCUUACCCUGUUCUCGGAUUGCUCACCUAGAGAGGGCCUUUAAGCCCUAUGCCUCAAAUCUGAGGUUAGCUAUGAAACGCAAUGCUCUUCGGGUAGCUGAAGUCUGGAUGGAUGAAUACAAAUACAUGGUCUACUUCUCUUGGAAUCUGCCUCUGGAGAACCAUGGAAUCGAUUAUGGAGAUGUGUCUUACAGAAAAAAGCUUCGAAAGAAACUUAAAUGCAGAAGUUUUGACUGGUAUCUCAAAAAUGUUUACCCAUCUCUGAAUCCUAUCCCCAACAUUGUUGCCUAUGGAAUGCUGAAAAAUUCCUUGAAUGAGAACCUGUGUGUUGACCAAGGAUCUCCCAAUGAAGCCAGUCCACUCUUGUAUCCUUGCUUUGGAUAUGAAUCACAGAUCUUAUUCUAUUCUCUGACUGGACAACUGUAUUUGGGGAAGAUAUAUGAUAAAUGGCGUGCAUAUUUCCUAUGCCUGGUGGACCCUGGAGAAGGGGAAAGGGCAAAAUCAGUACCAUGCUCUGAUGGAGCCGAACAAGGGAUGAACAUAUUUUGGGAUUUUAAACAGGGGGAAGCUAUCAUCAACAGAAACACUAAGAGGUGCUUGGAGAUUAAGGAGGAAUCUUCAGAAUCCUAUAUCCUUAUCUUCCAAGAGUGUACUGGGCAAUCAUGGAACAUUCAACAUAUGGUUGGAAACUGGGGGAUCCCAGAAGUCUUUGAUUAACAUUGAGUCUAGCAAAUUACUUAGAGGAUCAUAGAAUGUUAAAACUCUAGAUGAUUAGAAAUCAUCUAGUAUAAUCCCUUUACUAUAAAGAGUAGAAAACUGAAGCCUAGAUGACAUAAUUUUACCAUGUACCCACAAAUAGCAAACAGGAUCUGAACCAUCUUCUGACACCAUUUUCAUUGUUCUUACCAAAUUGUUCUUCUCUUGAGAUAAAAGAGUUUGGACUUGAGGGUACCAGUGCCAUCAAAGUCAAGGACCAUAAGACCUGGCCCUUGUGGCCUACCUUGAGGUAGGAGAAGCAGAUCAUAGAAAAUAAGUGUCAUUGAAUAACACCAAAUAUCCAAUUCCAUAUAUAAGGGGGUCGUUCUUACAAGGGGAUGCUUGAUAGAGAACUACAGAGAAUAUGAUAUAAUGAUAACCUAUCUUACCCUUCUCUAGGAAUAGGAAUUUCAUUCUAAGAAUCUUUGUCAGAAACCUUCUAAAAUAAAGAAC